AUGAUGUAAAAAAAGAAAAACAAGUAAAAAUAUGAAAAACAUUAAUAAGGGAUGAAGGAUAAAUAAUAAUAAAGAUAAACAAAAAAGUAACUAAAAAAAUAGAGAGGAUAAGCUCGUUCACUUAAAGGUAUUAUAAAUAUAACAUUUUCCUUAUAGGAUAUGCUAAACAUUUUUAAGAGUUUUAAGAUGAAAUGAAUUAAUUAGGACUUUAAAUUAGAGAUGUUGAAGGAGAUGGAAAUUGUCUUUUUAGAUCAAUAGCAGAUGUAUUACAUGGAGAUGAAAAAUAUCAUAAAUAAUUAAGAAGAUUAGCUGUUUAAACAAUGUAAGAGAAUUAAGAAUUCUUUGCACUUUUCAUUGAAGAUGAUAUGACAUUUGAUUAAUAUUUGAAAGAGAUGUCAUCUGAUGGAGAAUGGGGAGGUAAUUUAGAAUUACAAGCUUUGUCAUAAGCUUUAGAUGUGAAUUUUUUUAUUCACAUGAAAGGAAGACCAUGUAUGAUAAUUAAAUCAAUGACUGAUGAAAGACCUUUAAAUGAAGUAAAGUGUUGAUUAAUAGCAAUAUUAGAAAGAUUCACUUCAUUUAGCAUAUCAUCUAAUUGAAAAUGUUGCAGAACAUUAUAGUUCUGUAAGAAUGUUAGGAGAUGACAGUAAUAAAAGAGCAGAAUCAAUACCAUUAGAUAUUUUUGAAGGAUUAUUGGAUACUUUUUAAUAAGCCCCUUUAGGAAAUGAGGAUAAUUUUGAUUAAUAUGAGGACUUAGAAUAAAUAGAGGAUCCUGAAGAAAGAGAAUAUUUAUAGGCCUUAAGAGAAUAAGAAGAAGCUGAAAAGGCUGCAAAAGAGGCUAUGAAAAAAGCAGAGCUUCAAAAAUAUUAAUUAAAAUAGAAAAAGAAUAAAAAAUGUAAUUGUGGUUCCAAUAAAACCUAUAAAGAUUGUUGUAUGAAAAUAGAUAUAGAGAAAGCUGAAAAGUAGAAAUAACCAAAACAGUAAUAACAAUAAUAAUAAUAAUAAUAAUAAUAAUAAUAAUCUUAAUCAGAAGCUCCUUUGAAAAAAUAAGCUGUCUUUAUAUGA